CCCGCCAUGUCGGCCACACAGCGCAUCUUCCCGCUCCUCAUCGCCGCCACCGUCGGCGUCGUGUCGGGCGCCUACGUCUUCGACCCGCUGCUGCGCCAGUACGUCGCCGAGCGCCCCGCCGUCGCAUCGGCGGCGGGGCGCGAGGCCGACGCGCCGCCCGUGCUCACGCCCGAGGCGCUGGCCAAGCAGCAGCAGGCGCCGCCGCGCACCAUCGCCGAGGAGGGCCGCGCCGAGCUGCGCGAGCUUGCCGAGAAGCUGCAGCGCAAGAGCGAGGGCGUCAAGGAGCGCGCACAGGCGCAGGCACCGGCCGCAGCACCAGCACAAGCAGCCGCGCAGCCGCAGCCCAACAGCGCCGCGCAGCAGAAGCUCGUCUGAGGCGUGGCGUCGUGAUGGCGGAGCAUGGGCCGGGAGAAGAGACGGGCCAGGGCUGCGCAAGCUACGGCCACGAAGCAUGCCCAGCCGCCAUGGAAGGAUGCCGGGCGCAAGCAGCCACGCACGCCAGACGCUUUUCCGCCAGCAACGGCACAUGCAGCGCCGGCACGUCGAGGUCUCGCAAGGCGCAGAACGCCACCAUCAGCGGCGGUGUAGUCACACAACUUCUCGGCUCGCUCACACCAGCACCUGCAAGCGAUACCCAACAUGCAUCACCUUCAGACGUGCAGUGCCGCUCGCGCUCGUCUUCAGCGCCAGCACCAUGACUUGCGCACGACCAAUAAGGGUAUAAUGACGUCUAAUGCACCUGUUGUCCCGAGAGAGUGGAAGUCAGGCUGCAGGCGGAGUGAGG